UGACGCCACGUCCCGCUAUACGCACUGGAAGCUUUGCCAGAGAAAGGCUCGUUCACUGCGGUGGAAAUACGAGCAUAGGUAACAGCCUACAAGGACGUCUUUCAUCAAAUAAACAAACCACCGCAGCUGUUGAAUUCAACUAUUAUUCACGUUAAGGUCAUUCCUGAAAGAUGAAUCCAGACCAGCCGCCCCCAUACCCAGGCCCGACGGCUCCAGGCUACCCAGGCCAGGGCCCAGCCCCGCAAGGGUACCCACAACAGGGUUUUCCCCCACAGGGUUACCCUGUUAACAUGCAACAGCCGUCAUACCCAAACUACCCCCCUGGACCAAUGGGCUCCGGAGGUCCCUGUCCAGGACAGGCACCUUAUCAAGGAUACCCUGGACAACCACAGUAUGGCUGGCAGGGUGGGCCCCCUCCAGGACCCAUGUAUGGUGAAGCUCCUAAAAACACAGUGUACAUGGUGGAGGACAGGAGAAGAGACGACUCAUCAGACACAUGCCUGACAGCCUGCUGGACAGCCCUGUGUUGCUGCUGUCUCUGGGACAUGCUGACAUAACAAUGUUAUGUCCUCAGCACCUCAAUCACCUCCCCCUUAGUUCCCUGCUUCUGUGCCUCAAAACACUUACCAACCCCUGCCCGCAUUGGCCUUAAACCUCGCGCCCCCUCUCAAUGUUGCCUUCAUUUCUUUUAACAAAUCUUUUCCACAUGCUUCUUUCCUGUAUUUUUUUUUUUUUUUGUCGAUGUUAAGUCCUCAGCGCCAACUGACUGAGCCACCCGGUCCACACGCUACCAUUGUAGCAGCUUGUAAGUGAGCUUCAAGACCUACCCUGAGGGUGCGUUUACACGACAACAAUGUUUUUUUUGCCGUAUGUUUUUGACAGAUGACAACAUUGUAAGACAAAUCCGCUUUGACACAAACCUGCAAAAAAAUGGACUGAAAACACUGCAUUAUGCAUGCCAAGCCAGUGGAUGGUGAUACCUCUUUGGAAGAAAAACUGUCUGAAUGCACACUAGCAGCUUGACCUUUCGAUCUUAAACCCAAACUUAUAAGUACAUGUACUCUUGGCUGAUGUACAAUCACUACUACUACUACUACUACAGGCACAUACUCAUCCAUGCAAAACCUUUUUUUUAUUAGAUGACCUUAUACAGUGUUCACACUGGAACACUUGUAAUUUUUGAAAACUUCCACUUGAAUUGGUUUGUGUUUGCAGCUCCAGAAGGUUGUCAUCUUAAAAGAGUAAAUGGAUAAAAAAAAAAACAGUGUCGUGUAAACUGCUCUUAAUUUCAGGCUUUCUGCAGUAGUCUUGCACCACACCUCAGUCCAACAUGGCAGAAUGCACCAUCAAGACAAUAUGAAAGGCGCGUGCACACACGCACACACACACACACACACACCCACGCAC